AACAAAUUUUGAAAAGGUGCAGAAGAGGAAUUCGGUGUAGAAGGGUAAAGGAAGGUUGGAAUGGAAUUUGGUGGGUGCAAAGGGCAAGGGAAAUAGAGAGCGAGUGUGUGCGUGUGUGAGAGAGAUGGACCUGCUGGAAUUGGAGGCGGUGGAAGGGCUCCGGUGGACGUGGAAUUCGUGGGCGGCGGAGGGGACGAAUCUGGUGAUCCCUCUGAGCAUAAUGUGUAGUCCAUUGAUGGUGAGUGAGGUCCCUAUCCUCCCAUACCACCCUCUUCUCUGUUCGCGAUGCGCCGCCGUUUUGAACCCCUACGCACGCCUCGACUACCAGUCCCGCAUCUGGCACUGCCCCUUCUGCUUCCUCCGCAACCCCUUUCCCCGCCCCAUCGCCGACACCAACCUCCCUGCCGAACUCUUCCCCACCUACAGCACCGUCGAGUACUCUCCUUCUCUCCCCUCCUCCUCUCCCCCUCCCCCUCCCCCCGCCUUCGUCUUUCUCAUCGAUCUUUCCUCCCCCGACGACCAACUGCUCUCCCUCAAGAAGGACCUCCUCCUCCUCCUCCACCACCACUUCCCCGAUCACGCCCUCGUCGCUCUCCUCACCUUCGAUUCCAUGGUCUAUCUCCACCAUCUCGCCUCUUCCCCCUGUUCCUCCCUCCACCUCUUUCACGGCAGCCGCCAUCUCUCCUCCAAUCAGAUCCGCCAGUUCCUCAACAUCGGCCGCCCCCACCCGCUGCAUCACGGACACACCCCAAAACAGGAUUUUCUGUUGCCAUUUUCCGAAUGUGAAUUCUCCAUCACUUCUGCAAUUGAAGACAUCCAUUCCACAUUCUACUCCACCUCCGCCACUCGCCCUCCAAGGUGCACCGGCACUGCCAUUUCCGUCGCCCUCGGACUUCUAGAGUCUUGCCUUGUCACCACAGGCUCCAGGAUCAUGCUCUUCACCUCCGGACCUGCCACUAUCGGACCCGGAAUCGUUGUUGACUCUGAGCUCCGCCAACCCAUCAGAACCCACCAUCACAUCUUCAACAACCAAGCCAGACACCACGCCAACUCGUGCUCUUUCUAUAACCAACUCUCCAAGAGGCUAUCUGAUGCGUCUGUUAUUCUUGAUCUCUUUGCCUGUUCGCUCGACCAAGUUGGGGCCGCCGAGCUUCGACAACCUGUUGAGCAGUCUGGUGGAUUCAUGAUUCUCUCCGAAUCUUUCGAAUCCGAUCAGUUCAAGAAAUGUCUCGGGCAUAUGUUCAAGUCUGACAACCAGGGCCAUUUGAAGAUGAACUUUGAUGCCACUAUUGAGAUAGUUACCACCAAAGAUGUCCAAAUCUGUGGAGCACUUGGCCCUUGCGUGUCUCUGCAUAGAAAGAACAGUUUGGUGAGUGACGCUGAGGUUGGACAAGGUGGCACCUCUUUGUGGAAGUUAAACACUCUUACCCACAAAACUUGCAUUGCUUUUUUCUUCCAAGUGAAUCAGCGGCAAAGAAUUCAACCCGGCUCCGCAUUUUUGAUUCAGUUUAUCACGCGGUACAGGCAGGGGAACAUGGAAUGCCGGAAAAGAGUGACAACUGCUGCUAGACGAUGGGUUGCAAACCAUUCUGCUGAUAUUGCUGCUGGAUUUGAUCAAGAAGCCGCCGCUGCAGUUAUGGCAAGACUUGCCAUUCUACGUGCACAGGAAUGCCAUCCCCGUGAUGUUAUUAGAUGGCUGGAUGACACGCUCAUACGUUUUACUUCUAAGUUUGGGGACUAUGUGCCAGAAGACCCAUCUUCCUUCCGCCUAUCCUCCAACUUUUCGCUCUAUCCCCAGUUUAUGUUUCACUUGAGGCGAUCUCAAUUCAUUGAUGUCUGUAACACUACUCCUGAUGAGACUGCUUUUUUCCGGCUCAUGCUCAACCGCGAGGGAGUUGUAGGAUCGCUUAUAAUGAUUCAACCUACGCUUUUCCAAUAUUCGUUUGAUGGUCCACCUGUUCCAGUACUGCUGGAUAUUCGUUCUGUUUCUCCGGAUUUUAUCUUGCUCUUUGAUUCUUUCUUCUAUGUGGUGAUUCAUCACGGGUCCAAGAUCGCUCAGUGGAGGAAGCUGGGUUAUGACAAGGACCCCAAUCAUGAGAACUUCAGAAAGCUGUUGGAAGCCCCGGAACUGGAUGCAGAGCAAUUGGUGGCCGACAGGGUUCCAGUGCCAAGGAUUAUAAGAUGUGAUCAGCAUAGUAGCCAGGCUAGAUUUCUUCUCGCCAAGUUGAAUCCAUCUGUUACUCAAAACUCAACCUACACAGAUGGAUCAGAUAUUAUAUUUACUGAUGAAAUGAGCUUGGAAGUUUUUCUAGAUCAGUUGCAGGUACUGGCAGUGCAAAGCUAGUAAAGCAGAAUACUAAUUUGGAUUAUUCUCUUUAUUAUGGACAUGCGAAAGAGUUUUUGAAAUUUGUAAGUAAUUUUCAAAGAAGAGGUUUCUUGUUUUCGGAAGAUUGUUUUUUUGAUGUUUACAUUUACGGACUUGUAAAUUAUAUCUGAUAUCUUCACUGUGAUUAGAUUGGUUUUGUCUAUUAGACUAGUUUUGAAGAUGUAGGUAGCAUAUGGUUACUGUUACUCUGACUAGAAACUGUAUUAUUCCCCCAGCUUCUUUCCUGGACUGUAAAUAACACUACGACAGAUUAAAGUUACGCUCGGUUUUAUUUGCAUU